AUGCUCCUGGACAGCAAGAAAGCACACGAGGCGAGCCUGGCUCCUGUGUCGACGAAUGGUCUCGGCGAGGUUGAGAGCCUGGCCAAAUCGAAUGAUGCGCCCCAAGAUGUCUUUGGGCAACUGAGCGAAGAUGGUCCCAACUAUCGCGAUGUUGGCUGGGCUGGGACUGCGAUUCUCAUGUUCAAGACUCAGGUCGGCUUGGGAGUACUCGGCAUCCCAGGUGCAUUCGAUGUCUUGGGCAUGAUUCCGGGAAUUAUCAUGAUCCUCCUCAUCGCAUUCAUGACCACCUGGGCCGCGUGGAUGGUGGGCCAAUUCAAGAUCAAGCACCCUCACGUAUAUGGAAUCGACGAUGCAGGACGACUCAUUGCCGGUGCCUUUGGUCGCGAGACUAUUUCCAUUGCCAUCAAUUCGUUGUCCGUCCACGGCGCUUGCACGGCCAUCUUUGUUGCCGUGGCUGCCCUCAUCGGUUUCUGCUUCGGAAGUAUUCAAACUCUGGCCAAAGUGUCGUGGAUUGCGUGGGCGGGUGUCGCUGGAAUCCUCACUGCCAUCUUCACCCUGACCAUUGCUGUCGGGGUCCAAGAGCGGCCUGCUGCUGCCCCCCAGACGGGCGAGUACAAGAGCGACUACAAGCUGUUUGGCUCGCCGACGUUCGCGGAAGCCAUCUCGUCCGUCUCGACCAUUGUCUUUGCCUUCUCUUGCCUGCCUGCCUUCUUUGCUUGCUACGCAGAAAUGAGGGAUCCUCGCAAGUUCACGCGCUCGCUCUGCGUCGCCCAGGGCAGUGUCACCGUCGUCUACCUCUGCAUCGGCAUUGUGGUCUACUAUUACUGUGGAUCAUACGUCUCAUCUCCAGCUCUGGGCUCUGCAGGAACUCUUAUGAAGAAAGUGUGCUAUGGCAUUGCUCUGCCGGGUCUGAUCGCCAGCUGCAUGUUGUUCAUUCACAUGCCCGCCAAGACCAUCUUCAUCCGCUUCAUGCGCAACACCCGCCACCUCACAUCGAACACACCCAUCCAUUGGAUGUCGUGGCUGGGAUGCACGGGGACAAUCACUGCAGUGGCGUACAUUCUGGGAAAUGCCAUUCCGGUCUUCAGUCAACUGCUGUCUCUUGUCGGCGCGCUGCUUGCGACGAUUACCUGUUUCCAACCGACAGGCCUGAUGUGGCUGUACGACAACUCGGGCUGGUGGCAAGCCGAAAACUUUAGCAGACCCACUCGGAACUGGUUCUUCUACUUCAAUUUCGCCACUGCAAUGUUGUUGAUCAUUGGCGGCACAUUUGUCACCGUUGGUGGUACUUAUGGUGCGAUCUUGGAGAUCAUUAAUGCAGAGCGAACUAGCCCUUGGAGCUGCGCAGACAACAGUAACUCGACAUAA